AUGACCAGCACCGUUAACGCCGCGGUGCUUAAGUACCUCGAAGAGCACCACCCCGACGUCGCCCGCGCAUUUCAGCGCGAGGCGUCCAUCUCUAAUCGCCGCCGCCGCCCAAACGGUAUAACGGUGGAGGCACUCCUUGCGUCUCAACACGCUGGUGUGAAGCGCCCGCGCGACGAACUCUUGUCAGAAGACGAGGAACUUGUCCAAAACAAGAGCAGAACUGCGCGCAAGGCCGCUGUCCCAUACAGCUCCGACGACGACGACGAUGAGCCCGUGCGGAAGCCGGCGCCGAAGGCCAAUGCGUCAUCCGCAGUGAAGCCCGCUGCAAAUAAGGCCGCUGUCCUGGAGAGCUCCGACGACGACGACGAUGAGCCCGUGCGGAAGCCGGCGCCGAAGGCCAAUGCGUCAUCCGCAGUGAAGCCCGCUGCAAAUAAGGCCGCUGUCCUGGAGAGCUCGACGACGACGGAUGAGCCCGUGCGGAAGCCGGCGCUGAAGGCCAAUGCGUCAUCCGCAAUGAAGCCC